AGCUCUUGUUUACUACCAGACGUUAACCUUCCCCAUCAUGUCGUUCCAGCCUGAGAAACCUCCCACGUCGUACAGCGUGCUCGUCGCGCGUGUCCAGGCCAAGAGACUUCGGUACAUCAACAAGAUCGCCGUGUUGGUGGCGCUUGUUUUGGCGACUCUUCUCUCGAUGUUUGUUCCGCAACAUCACGUUGAACCAGAAGCCCCAGUGACACCCCAAAAGUCGUCCGUGUGGUGGACCUUGGCCUGUGUGCUAGUCUACAGAGCGCCCUUUAUCUGGAUAGCCCUCAUUGUGGUGCGGCUAGCGCGUGAUCUGGCCAAGGCAACCACCGCAUACAGCGCAUCGUCCCGAUCUUUGGCCGGUCAAUGGAUCGCCUCCACAUUGUCAUCCCUGCAAUGGGUCAAGACUUCUCUUUUCUACGUGGGUCUGUCCUUCCUUAUCUACCUUGUCCUGUACAUCCAGUCCCCCAUCCGCUGGUCAAUCGUUGCCAAGGAGUACCGUCACCGAGACAAGGUCAAUGAAGAUUUCAUCUUUUACAUUUUUAGUGGCGCCUACGUGGCCUUCAUCUAUGCGUUACACCAGGUGGUCUGGCAAUACCAACGUUUGUCCUUGAUCAAAAUCGGCGUCGCCAAAUUGAAUCCUCAACAAUACUUGUUCAAGAAUAAGAAUCAACUUUGGUUGCCCGUCGCCAGUGUGGUCAAAUCCCUUGUGGUGUCCAUUUCCUCCGUCUUGGUGUAUUACUUCCUCGCCGGUUAUGGCGCUAGAUCCUUGAUCUACAAGGCCAUGUGGCCUCUUUUGGUCAUUCUGAAAUUAGAAACCGCAUCACUGGCCCUGCACCCUUGGAUCUCAUUCAACAUCUUGUCCCAUACCGCCAUCACCUCCUUUGUUUGUGUCUUGGGUUGGGACUUGCUCAACCAUUUCUACACCGUGUAUGCCUGUAUUGGGUGUCUUGACGGAGACAAGCCUUUGUCAUCGUACAGCUCUGACCCAAUCAAUACCCUUUUAUCGGGCUUGAGAGGCGUUGAAGGUGGUCUUCCUCGAGUUCUUGCCUUCCAAGAAUUGGCUUAUUUGGCCACCACUUCCGAAGAUAUUGGUAAGAAAUUGAGAUUGAAUAUAUAUAAUGCAAAAAAUGGCUCCUCUUUCUGGUCUUCCAUCGUCGAAGAAUGUUCCUUGGUCAUUAGAGAGGGCACUCUGAGAGUCAACUUCAGAGAAUAUAGUCUGUUUGCUCCACCAACUCUGGUGUCCCUGCAAUUGGUCCAUCAACAACAACAAGAAACCCCAGAAUCUUCUUCGACUCGUGAAGAUGAUAUUUUCGGGAAUUCCAUCGUCUCUCUGGCCACUGCAUCUCCAUCUCCUCCAUUGAGAAGAUAUGUUGACAGCACCACCACCAGUAAACCCACGAGCGGGCGCGGGACCGGGACCGAUUCUGUGUCUCCCCUCUCAUCAAUCACCACCAAAUUAACCCCAUACAUCCAAAAAUAUCUUCCAACCACCUUUUGGGCUCGAUUCAACCAAUGCAUAUCUCGUACAAAGUCGCUUGCCACUCUUCGCAUAGAACUCAUUAAACUCUACUCAACAUACCAUCAAGAGUUUCUUUCGACCGUCGUCGGGGCCCCCUUCAGAAUCACUCCAGAACGUGAUGCGGAGGCUAGAAUACGCGACCCGGUCACGUUUGGCAAUGCGGUCAUUGCGCUUGCCAAUCUUCUUCAGCAUGCAGCUCAGGAUGACCGUAGGGGAACUGUGCUGUCCACUCACAUUGCCGAGGUGCUCACGGUACUCGAGCGUCCAAUCAGGGCCUUCCACAACUACUCGGAAACCCUCCCUAGUAACGUAUAUCUCAGUGUUACUCAACGCGCAAGACCAGAGCUUGUUAGCCAGCAUGUGGUUGCCUUGCUCCAUGACUUGUGUGUCAAGGAAUUCUUUGACGUGUGCAUCAAAUAUAACUCCAAAUUGAACGACCUUGUGUUGUCCUCGCGGGUGUUCAAGCUCGCUAAGCGCGUCAUUGACACUGCCAUUGCCCAGCAACAACGUGAGUUGAAACGAAGAACUUAUUAA